GGGUUUGGGCGUAUGAAGCCCAAAUGAAGACGUUACCUUUCUUCUCUCCACAGUCAAAAGAAAAGGCUCGUAGUCGAUAUAUGUAAAAUGCUUGAAAAUGAUUCAAAUAAAUUGUUUCUCGUCAUUCACUUGAUUUUUUUUUUUUUUCUCUUCUCACAAUCUCCUCUAAUGGCCUAUCCUUAUAGAUCCAGGGAAGGUCUUAGCGCGAGACCAGUAGCAAAUUCAGAGGAGGUUCAAUUGAGGAUUGAUCCGGUACAUGCUGACCUAGACCAAGAAAUCUUGGGUCUCCAUAAACAAGUUAGUCAGCUCAAAAGUGUGGCACAAGAAAUUGAAACAGAAGCUAGAAUUCAGAAUGACAUAAUCUCUGAUUUGCAAAGACUGAUGAGCAAUGCUGAGGUAGGGGUGAGAAGUGGCAUGAGGAGGUUGAACAGAACCGUUGUUCAACGAAGAUCAAAUCAUAUCUUGCAAGUAAUCAUUUUUGGUCUAGCUUGUUUUACUGUAGUCUACUUGUGGUCAAAGCAUUUUAGAAGAUGAGAUUGAGCUGAAUUUAUGGUUAUGUAUGUUCUGCAAAUGUGGAGCUGGUAAAUUUAACUUGUAGCGGUCCUUCCAAGUCUUUUAUUGUACAUCUAGGCCUUGUAAGGUUGCAUCUUGAGAUGUUCACUGAGAUUAUGCAUACAGUAGACAGUUUUUGGGUGAAAAUUUUUGUUAUUAUUUUCUUUUGCUGCCUACACGGAGUGGAAGUUCUUAUCUUUCGAUCGAGCGAGCUCAGCUCUAUCCAUUCAGGAGUUUGUUCUUGUCCAUUAUAAGGAGAACCUGAAUCUCAAAUGUUGCCUUCCGAAAUUAACCUUUGACCUCCAUUUUACCUAGUGUUCUGCAAAUUUUAAAGCUGCUGAAAGAGCGGCUUGAAUGCUUGAUCACUUUGCACUUAUCCACUCUCGUACACAUGACAAUGAUGGGCAAAACUAGCUUCAUCAUUGGCAGGCUCUAAUGCAAUUUGUUAUGGACAUCGCACUAGAAAAUACCUGCUCUUCUCUUUGUGUAUGAAUCUGUUAUGUAAACAUUGCACCUUAAGAUCAUUGUAUUGCUCAGGCAUUUGGAAAUGGCCUUUGGAGUCUCAACAGGCAAAAUUUGUAGUUUUGUUGUCACUAAUGCUCUCAUUGUUAUUGAUUGAUCAACCUCUGUUGAAUGAGAUAAUGAAAUCUUGCAGUUUCUUUUUCUCUGUCCA